AUGGGCUACAUUCAGGUGGAGAAAAUUGUAGAUGUUUUAAUUGACCCAUUGAGACAUAGUUUAAGAGAUAGAGAUCCUUAUGUUCGUAAGACAGCUGCUACUUGCGUUGCUAAGCUAUACAUGUAUGAUCGAGUUCUUAUAGAAAGUGAACAUUUUGUAGACAUGUUGAGAGAUUUACUAUCUGAUCCUAAUCCAACUGUUGUUGCUAAUGCUGUUGCUGCAUUGACCGAAAUUUCAGAGCGUUCAGAUAAUAUUCAACUAAGAUUAAAUCAUUCAAUUGCCAGCAAGUUGGUUUCUGCUUUAAAUGAAUGUUCAGAAUGGGGUCAAACAUACAUUUUGGAAGCUUUGAUGUAUUAUGUACCUCAAGAAACAGAGGAUGCAGAAAUGCUUGCUGAACGUAUUUCUCCUCGUUUACAGCAUGCUAACUCUGCAGUUGUCUUGACAGCAACGAAAGUUAUAAUGUAUCUUAUGAAUUAUAUAAAAAAUGAAGAAGAAAUUAGUCAAUUAUGCCGAAAACUAGGUCCACCUUUAGUUACUUUACUUGCAUCAGGAUAUGAAGUUCAAUAUGUUGCUUUACGUAAUAUUCACCUUAUUAUUCAAAGAAGACCUGAAAUUUUAAAGAACGAUAUUAAGGUGUUCUUUUGUAAAUAUGAUGAUCCUAUUUGUGUUAAGUUGGGUAAAUUAGAAAUUAUCUUUAGACUGGCCAAUGUUGGAAACGUUGAUAUAGUUUUGAAUGAACUAAAGGAAUACGCUGCUGAAGUGGAUGUUGAUUUUGUUAGAAAAUCAGUCAGAGCCAUUGGUAGAUUAGCUGUUAAGAUUGAGUCGGCAGCUAAUAAAUGCAUUUCAGCAUUGUUGGAGCUUAUUCAAACUAAAGUCAACUAUGUUGUUCAGGAAGCAAUUAUUGUUAUUAGAGAUAUUUUUAGGAAAUAUCCAAAUCAGUAUGAGAGUAUUAUUUCCACUUUAUGUGAAAAUUUGGAUGAUUUGAAUGAACCAGAAGCUAAGGCUUCAAUGAUUUGGAUCAUUGGUCAAUAUGCUGACAGAAUUGAAAAUGCUGAUCAAUUAUUAGAUGACUUUUUAUAUACUUUCUUAGAAGAACCUUAUGAAGUUCAACUAGCGUUAUUAACAGCUACAGUAAAAUUAUUUGUACAGAGACCUACAGCUGGUCAAGAAUUAGUGCCUAAGGUGCUCAAAUGGGCCACAGAGGAAGUAGAUAAUCCUGAUUUACGUGAUCGAGGUUAUAUUUAUUGGCGUUUACUUUCAACUGAUCCUGCUGUUGCCAAAGCUGUAGUCUUAUCUGAUAAGCCUGCGAUUACAACAGAAAGUGAUAAUUUAGAUCCUAAUUUCCUUGAUGAACUUUUGUUACAUAUCGGUUCAUUAUCCUCUAUUUAUCACAAGAGUCCUACUUCCUUUAUUAAUCGUUAUAAGCCUCGUUAUUUGUUACCCUCACCUGCUCUUCAGUCAAGAAAUGAACUUCAACAACCAUCUUUCGCUAAACAACAAUUGCAGGAAACCUUUCAGCAGCCUUCCUUCCAACAAUUGCAACCGUCAUUAUCACAGCAACAACCAAGUAUAGCAGCAACUCCAUUUAAUGAUUGGAGUUAUAAUGCAGCCACAAAUAAUAAUAGAGUCGUAUCUAUUCAAAGUAGUAAUCCAUAUUCUAUGGACUUGUUACAAUAA